GCAAGCAUCUGACUCUGACGAACUGCGUUUACGUCCAUAUGUGCAGACAUAUCUCACGAAAAAGUACUUUAGAGUUGGAUCAUCACUGUUCUUUUUGCAUACUGAUAUAACAUACUUAGUAUGAGUAUACUAAAAAAAUAAUUAUUAACCACAGAAGUCAUAUUACCUUAUGAACUUCCUUCAAACAGGUCUCAAGAUUGUCCCAACUUGUAAAUCUACGAGAUAACAUAAUAUCAUUGAAGAUUCGUCCUAUAUCAUGCAUCGUCACGAUGGCAUCGUCUUUGUUACUUGAAGAAUGAACGUUAUCAGACAUGGUGUGGCUGAACUCAAUUCAAACCUAAAAAUGUCUUGAUUUGUCCGCUUCAGAAAAUUUUCACUAAUUGUCGAUGUGACGCACCAAUCAUCUUGCGACAGUUUGACCUUCAGGUGCUCGCAACCCCCAUCAGUGGACGAUACCCUAGGAGCGUUGCCUGCAGGUGAAUGACGUGCUCUCAGGAUUUCAGGUUCUUUGUGACUAAUUACCUUGUUAGGCCAAUAAUAUGAGUUUUUUGCAAGUCAGUGAGAAUGUUCGUAGACGUAGGGCCACUGUGAACUUGUCACAUUCCCUUGGUUGUCACAGAACCACUUAUAAUAGGAGGUGGAAUAAAAUGAGAGCUGCUUUAAUGAUAAAAUAUGACUUCCUUUCGUCCAGUGAGUUUGCUAAUGAAAGCACUCUAAAUGAAGUACAGACGGAAAUCAGUUGUAAUGACGGUACUUCAACUGUAACACCGUGCACUAGUCGGCAAAAGAUCUGUUAGUUGCCAUACAGAUAAUGGAAUCUCAACGGAAAAACACCCCAACGGAUGAAAACACAUUGUCCACUAUAGCGCCACCAAUAUGCUUACCAGUCAGUAACCUGCAUCAUCUAGUGGCCUUUUUCAGCUGUGAUAGGUUGUAUACACUGGUGCUGAACAUGUCGUCAGCUAUCACUGACUUGACUAAGACGAUGAACAACAUAUCAUCCGCCAUUACUGACUUGAAUGUUAAUGUAAACCAAUUGCUAUUUAAGUGUAAUGAACGCGAAAAACCGCAUCAAUUCGAUUGCGGACUGUCGAGUCAGCAGUUCCCUUUGUCAUCUGAAGAGGAACUACAGAUGCUGGAUACUGGUUUGUCGCAGAAAGAAACCAGGGACAGAUUUGUAAGUCAUUAACAUGAAUUUAAUAAUUUGUUACGAUUACAGAUGGCAAUCGUCACUAGGUUAUCAAGUGACGAUCCAAAAACGUCGAUGCGGUUUGUUCUGUCUCAUCUGUUGACACCUGAGGUUGCCAGUAAAUUCACGUUACUUGGAACCUCUUCAAAACGAGCACUUCAGAAAUGCACGUUUUACGGCUGCAUACGAAGUAACCUAUAUCUAUUACCUUAACUUCAGGUGCCUUAACUAAUCGCUUUCUGUCAUCCUCUGUCAACGAAAAAGACCUUGGUAAGCUCUAUGACAUCGCGACACAAGGUUACUUUCACGAUAUCCGAGACAAGAUGAUAAAGCGUAAUAGAAGAAAACAAGACCAGUUACAGUCAACAAUAUUAACGAACAUAACCGUAAGUUCAGCUUCAAGUAUUUGGCUGUGCCAAAGCAUGUCAUUGAUAUAUGGUUGUGGCUUUUUUAAAAUUCAGAAUUCACAGGACGAAUACCUCAGUUCUCAAUAGCCGAACAAACGUGGCUUAAGGGAAUAGUCCGUGCAAUUGUUUUGAUGUUCUACCUAGAUUUCAAUAAACAUUAUUUUUUUCAAACAGCUUACUCUUUUACUUACAUGGGAAACUGUUGAAGUGUUGAGAAUGUGUUUUUGAGUUUCAGUUAACUUAUGCUUAAAUGCACAUUCCUUAUAAAUAAAACAUAACCUGUUCCUUCUUUUUCAGGUAAUUUCAAAUAACAAUGAAUUAGCAAUUGCAUUGGAUAUGCAAAACAAUCGAUGCUUAAGCUCUAGUGUUGUACAAUAAUACGCUUUUCCUGUUAAAUAAAAUUUUUAAAAAA